UAUGACGAUCGAAAGAACGCGCAAAGUGCUAUCGGUCUGACUUCCGUGGCCAAUACAGAGAGCGAGACCGUCAACCGAUUGUCGUCACACCGUGUUUGAGGUCCGACAUGGGCCGCGGAUGAGUGCUAUCAACCGUGACCGAUUUAUGCCGGGACGAUCGGCGUUAAAGUGUCGCGCGUUGUAGUUAUGACGGUGAAGCGCACUCGAUCAUAUUGCAAGCGCUUCGGCGAAUUGUCGGUACGCGCGAGUGGAGGCUCUCGAAUGGCGCCCACGCAGGACGUAUACCGGAGAGUGCGAUGCUAACAAGUAGUAAUAAUAGUAGUAGUAGUAGUAGUAGUAGAAGUCCAGCUGACUCUGACAAAAUGGUAGGGCCCUCUCUAUCGGCGGGAGGUUAUAGAUUCGUACGUGCUACAUAAUCCGGUACCGUCGCGGUUAGGGUACGAUGAGUACUGAUAAUCAUGAUCAGUCCAAGCCCAAACCACCACCACCACCAUCAUCAUCGGCAUCGGCAUCGGCAUCGGCAGCAGCAGCAGCAGCAGCAGCGGCGGCGGCAACAUUACCACCACCACCGCCACCACCACCGCUACCACCUCCACCUGCGAUACCGCCAUCGCCAUCACCACUACCACCAUCGUCUACGCGGAACAACGUCUCCGUCGACGAGUACGCUUUCGACGGCACGCGCAUCAAGAAAGAACAAAGUGACAUUUGUCUCGAGAACGGCGACGGUGCCGGUGCCAGCAACGUCAGUGGAGGCGGUAGUGGUGGCAACGGUGGUGGCAGCGGUGCUGGAGGAAACGUUGGAAUCACGAAAGCCGGUAUCAACGACAACAAGAGACCGCCGGCCACCCCCGCUCCCAUUGCCGGUAGGCUCUCCAACGGCUUCCACGAAGGUGACCUACUUCAGGACAUCAUCGCGGCCAAGUUCACGACCCUGGCGAAUCACGGCUCCACCGGCAAGAACGACAAGAUUCGUCUGAUGAUCGAGGACAGCGUCAGUGAAGAAUCAAAAUCACGAGUUCAGGAAAUAUUUUCCCAAGUUGAGCAACUUAAAAUAGAGGAAAAAUUGUUGCUGUACCUGAAGCUUCCAUUGUCGUUGAACAAUACUGGAGGAACUGUUGAUCCAUUGAGGCAGCCAUUAAAUCCAUUAGGAAAUCGUUAUGAAAUUCAUCAGACUAUUAUGUGGAUCAAAACACAUUUGGAAGAGGAUCCUGAAGUUUCCUUACCGAAACAAGAGGUCUAUGAAGAGUAUAACAUGUAUUGUAUAAGGAAUUCUAUGAAACCACUGUCAACUGCAGAUUUUGGAAAAGUUAUGAAACAAGUCUAUCCACGGGUACGUCCUCGAAGACUAGGCACAAGAGGCAAUUCUCGUUAUUGCUAUGCAGGAAUGCGCAAGAGAGUUAAAUUGGAAGCUCCAACGCUGCCUAACAUAUCUGGAAGUCAAACUGAGGAUGGUACAGAAGAAAAUAUUACCGAAGAAAUGUUAGGCGCUGCUUCUACAUUGAUUAGGGAAUGGGCAGAAAGUGUGUUAGGUUUUAAAUUUCCAACUUUGAGUGCCUUAGCACGUCAUCUUGUGGAUAAUCUUUGUGUCGAUACGCGAUCUCUAGCUGCCGUGUGCAUUUUAUGCGCUUCCAGGGAACCUGAUACUUCAUCCAACGAAGAGCCAACGACUGGUUUGUCAGUUACAUCAAUAUCUGGAAAACCAGGGAAAUUAAGAGAAGCACAGAUACAAUUACAACGUAAGCUACAACAACGAGAGCAUAUAAAAGAUCAAAAGCAUAGGCACAUUGACAAUGUUACACAGAAUCAGAAUAAAGAAAAGAUUAUUGAUAAUAAAGCAGGAGUAAAUAAAGGAAGUAAGAAAGUUAAGACCAAUCAGUCGCCUCAGGGUACAAAUACGCCAGCUGGACAAUAUGUGUUAAACAAACACAAUUUACCUGCCACUGUGACAGUUCGGCAAAAAAAGGUUCUUAAAGCUAGCAGUCAACCCUGCAACAACGUUUCUCCGGAAUCCAACUGUGAUAAUAUAGUGGUACAAUCGAUCGAAGAUGUUCAGAAUAAUAGCAGCACUAGAGUAGUAACGACCAAUUGCGUGAAUUCAAAGCGAGACGUUAAACCUAAAAAUUCCAGAAAGCGUGCCAAUCUUAAUGUACCAAAUCAACCAUCGGAAUCCAGUCCUGAGAAGCAAACAAAACUUGCAGAACAGCAGGUACAUGAAAAUGUAGAGCAUUCCAGUAUGUUGUUACCUAGGCUCUCAUCUGUACAACGUGCGGGGAAAAUAUCAGUGAUAUUAGCUAGUAACCUGAAGCCUACCAAGUGUAAAGCCACAGAGGCUGUUAGUAAUCAGCCUGCCAAAAACUGUGAUAUUGAAUUGCCAACAUGUUCCAAAAAUUCCAUCAAAAUAAAUGGUUGCCCAAGUAGUUUUGAUUCUAAUGGAAAUGGAACUGAAACAUCGACUCUUUUAACCAAGGAUCAACUACGAUUGUUGCAAGAAAAUUCAAACCUCAUAAGUAAGAAUGAUAAGCUUUGUUCUCUUGAUGCGGAUGCUUUGGAUGAUUAUUUAAACGGGGGUAAUAAUUCUCAAGAACAAGAAGAGGAAUUGUUGCAGUAUUUUCAACAGAAUAGUUCGUCUAGUUCAGAUGUAGAGGCAAAUGCCAUUACUGGAGACACGGAACAAAUAUCAAGAUCCGAUAAAGUGUCUCAGUUGAGAUUAAUAUUAGAACAAAAUCUAAAAGCUGGUACCGAGCAUCCACCGAUUGACAUAGUAUCCGCUACUAUCGUCAGGCAGAAUACAGUUAGUGAAAAACAGGAGGUUACUCAAACGCAUAAUUUGAUACUUCCAACAUUGUUAAAUCAUUCGAAUCAAACUAAUACGAGACGCAGAGUUAGUUUUGAAACUAAUGUCGUUGAACAUGUACAAGAUUCCAAUGUUGUUACGAAUACCGUACCUCAAAGCCCAAAUACGCGUCGUAGGAUAUUUAAUUUCACCCCAAUAUCACCUGGUCCACAUUCACCUAUCAAUGGUCGUGCUUCCAAAUCUAAUUCAGCAAACGCGAGUCCUUUCGUUUCACCACGAAAUACGCCAGUGCCUCGGUCACGGAGUAAUCUACAAGGUGGCAGCUUUAGAUCUCGAGCGAGUCAAAAGUCUUUGUCGCGUUCCAUAUCAUGCAGCAUGCCAUAUACUGGAAAAAACGAUACGUUUGUAGUACCCACCAGUGGUCCUGAAUUAGUGCGACAGGUGUCGAUGCCGCAAUCACCUCUUACUUGUACAAAGUCAUCCGAAGUACAGGUUGGUGGCAAUGGAACGCACAUCGCUAUAACGUCGAAGCAAGAAAAUCAAGGAUCACAAUGCCCUCCAUUUUUAGCAUCAGAUUUGGCACCGCAAAAGCAACUGCUUAUUAAUUAUCCAAGCCAGGAAAAUUUACAAGAAAUUAAGAAUGUGUAUCAAAGACCACAACCAACAGAUCAGGAGAUCAGUGAAUUAUUGCUUGGCAAUAAACAAUUUACUACUGAACAGCUUUUUUGUAGAUCGCAAUCUGUUCCUUUACAUCGUAUGGUAAAUCCUGCAUUAAUGUCUCCUAUUUCAACACAACAGUGUCUCUCAAGUUUUCAAAGUCAUAGUUUUAAUCCAUCUACAAGCAGUUCAAUAGCUCCUACUCCUGUACCUAGUGAAUUCAAUGACUUUGGUUCUAUAGGUCAAUCAGAAGGGACUUCAUAUUUAUUAAACGACGUCGAUCCAAACUUUAUAUCGGAUGAUCAACAAUUUUUGAUGAAUGAUAAAGAGAUUACAUCUGAAAAUAUAACAAAUAUUCUUAAUAUCCUGAGCGAAGAGGGAUCGCAAAGUUUACAGAUUCUUCCGGAACAAUCUGGAGAAGAAGAUUUGAUAGAUAAUAAUGGGAUAGUUUUAGAUACUUUACCAAAUUCAAAUAUAAAUUUGUCAGAAGAAGAUAUGCUGGAUCCUUCGAAUGUUCUUGAUAGUUCAGUGAGUGGGGCAUUGCAAAAGAUCAUACAAUCUCGUUCUUAUCCAAACACACCUCUUCCUGCACCAGUAUCAACAUAUACACCAUCUUACGCAGAAGACAGUAAUGGUUCAAGAUCAUAUCCUUCAACACCUCUGCAUACAGUACAGUCUCAGGAAGUUUAUCAAGAGUCAAACGAACCAAUGCUCUCCAGUCCUACACUUAAUUCUUUGAAUUUACACGGAGAUACAACUAGUAUCGCCACAUCGGAUAACGGCUGUAGGAAUGUCGCAGAUUUACUCGAGACCAGCUUCCUAGGAGAGCCCGAUGGAGAAGCCGAUGAUCUGGAUCCUCUUAGCAAUUUUGAUGGAUUGCAAGAUGUUGAUCCAUUGACUCCCUUAUUCAAUGAAGUGACAGAGCCUAAUCGUUGAGAAAGGUCUAUUUUGACAGAGGUAACUCAGAUAUUGCAUUCUUUAUAGAAAUUUAUUAAAUAUUUUUUUAUGUAGUCGCAUGUUUUUCAUCAAUUAUAUAAUAUAUAGUACUUUGUAUAAUAAUAAGUAAAUGUAUUAUUUUGCAAAGUACAUAUUAUCAUCACAAGGAAGAAUUAAUGAAUUUAAGUUCAUUCACAGUGUCACAGAUGUCAAUGUAUUUAUGUUAAACUUUUAGCAAUGGAAAUACUACAUUGAAAUUUUUAACUAUACUUAUUUUUAGGCUACUAUUUUAUAAUCAAUUUUAAUUACACUUUUAUCUUUGCAUCAGCCCAAUUUUCUCUCUAUAAAUCUCUAUAUAUCUUCUCUGCUAUAAAUAUUAUUAAUGAUUGCAAUAUAUUAUAAUUAUUGUAAUUGAAUAACUCUAAUAUUUAUAAAUUUAUGAUCACUUUUUGUCAUAGUUUAAUUAAAUAAAAUAAAAAUUAACUCAUUGAUAUAAAAAAAAAAAAAAUAAAAUAAAAUAAAGUUCAAAUUAGAUGAUCGAACCAGUUUAGUAGUAGUAGUCCGUUUUUGUAAUAUUCGACAUUACGAAUUUUCAGCCGACUAUGGGAACAUAGGAUGUUCUUCUAAUUUUUAUGGAAUAACAAAGCUCAUAACUGCCAUACUUUUUAAACUUCCAUUAUUUGAAUUACUAUCUAAUUACGCUCUAAUUGCUAUAUAAUUAAUAAAUACGAAGGCACUGUGACACGAAUUCUAAACUUUUGAUAGUGUUUUUCUGACUGCCGACUGUCAAAACAUUAAGAUAAUAUAUUAAGAUUUUAGAAUCUUUUGAUGCAAAAUUAAAAUUAUAAUGAUGUUAAAAGAAUAACAAUGAAAUUGCUCAGCUGAGAGUAUUGCUAUCUUAUAUCAUCUUAGAUAUGAGAAAGAAAAAAGUUGAUUUUAUACAAAUACUUUAAUAUUCGUCGUUUUGAAGCGCUUGUUUCUAAGUCAUUUAAGAACAUGUUAAUGUGACUCUGUUAUUUAACCACUCUAUGAAAUAUUAGCAAUCAACUGUUAGGCAUUGGUAUUGUGCGGUAUUGAGCCCAGUAUAUAAUAGAACGUACUUUGUAAUCCUAUAAUUGAUUAGUAACUACAUUUUGUAAUAAAGUAUACAGUCUUAGUUGA